GCGACACCUGAAACUGUUACUCCUCACUAAAAGCUAAACCUCCAAAGCUGUGGAGCUCUGAGUUCCCCUUCUGUAAAACACUCGAUUCUCAAAAGCUCAUUCUUUUUUUUCUAUUCUAAUAUUUCUUUUCAUCCGCUUCUGCAAUUCCAACAAACCCUAGAGAUCCCCGCCACUAACAUGCGCUCAUCUCUCGUUUCGUAAUCGCACUUUUCCCUUUCACCUGUAACUCAUUUGAGCUCCUCUUGUGGUGAAAGUCUAGGAGCGCUUCUCUCUCUCUCUCUGUUUGAUGUGGUUUCAUUAAUGGCAGUUGUUUUCUUUGCAAUUUUCGUAAUUUGACUAUCCAACCUCUACGUUUCUUGUAACAGUAACUGCUGAGGUCGUGAAUGGCGUUUGUGUUGCAACGGAGCUUCAGAUCUGAUUGUUGAAACGGGGAGGGAGAGCGACCCAUGUGGCUUGCUUCCUUGGACUUUUUCGCUUCAAAUUUUGGAAUUUCGAGCUUUGCUCAAACCUUUUCUGCGUCUCUAUCUUCCUCUUUGAGCUUUGACUCUUUUAAUCUUGAAUUUUUUUUUUUUUUAUAUAUAUAAUUUCUGUUAGUGGGUAAGGUGGUGGUGGUGGUGGUGGUGGUGGUGAUUGGAGCUUGGAACUUGAGGAAUUCUUGUUUCUGGUGGAGGAGGAGCUAGGGCUUUGCCUUUUUUUCAUUUCCGUUCCUGUGUUCUGUCCCUGUUUAUAGAAAGUUUUUGGAGUUGAAAAACUCGAAGAGUGAGGAGAACUCGUGUCGGUACAAAUGCAGGUGUUUGGGAGCCUUACCAAUGUCCAUACGGACUCCACUUGCAGUGCUUUACUCAGAGAGCUUCAGCACAAAUGGAAUGAGAUCGGUGUGACAGAACUGGAGAAGGGCCGCAUGCUGUUGGAAAUUGAAAGGGAGUGUCUGCUAGUGUACAAAAGAAAGGUUGAUGAGGCGAGCAAUGCCAGGGCACGCCUCCGUCAAUCUGUUGCGGUGAAGGAAGCAGAGCUUUCAGCCCUUAUGGCUGCUCUUGGGGACCUUGCCCUUAAUACCCAGACACAAACAGACAAGCAUUCUGCAACAUUGAAGGAGCAACUUGCAUCAGUCUUGCCACUGGUAGAAGAUCUGAAAAUGAAGAAAGAGGAACGCAUUAAGCAAUUUUCUGAUCUAAAGGCACAGAUUGAGAAGAUGAGUGGAGAGAUUUCAGGAUACACUCAACCCAAUGGUGCCGCGACCAUGGAAGAACAGGACUUAUCAUUAAGAAAGCUUACUGAAUAUCAGACAUGUCUCCAUAACUUGCAAAAGGAGAAGUCUGAACGCGUUAAUAAAGUUCUCCAGUAUGUAAAUGAGGUGCAUUCAUUAUGUGGUGUGCUUGGACUGAAUUUUGGGAAGACUGUGAGUGAUGUGCAUCCAAGCUUACGUGAGGCAGGUCCUGAACAAUCCACAAACAUCAGCAACAAGACUUUGGAAGGUCUAGAUCAGGCCAUUGUCAAGUUGAAAACAGAAAGAAAAUCUCGCAUUCGGAAGCUGAAAGAUAUUGUGAGAUCGUUAUUCGAACUUUGGAAUCUGAUGGACUCGCCUGAAGAAGAGAGAAGUCGUUUUAGAAGCAUUACUUUCAUCCUUGGAUCAUCAGAACCAGAAAUUUCAAAGCCUGGGGUUCUCUCUCUAGAUGUUAUCGAGCAGGCGGCAGCUGAGGUUAAGAGACUGACUAAACUGAAAGCCAGUAGAAUGAAAGAACUGGUCAUGAAAAAGAGGUCUGAGUUGGAGGCAAUAUGCAGAAGAGCACAUAUUGAGCCUGACAAGAGCACAGCUGCUGAAAAGGCUAACGCUUUGAUCGACUCUGGUCUUGUUGAUCCCUCCGAACUUAUGGAAAAUAUUGAAGCACAGAUAACUAAGGCAAAAGAUGAAGCUGCUAGUAGACAAGAAAUUAUGGAUAGAAUAGACAGAUGGCUUGCGGCCUGUGAGGAAGAAAAUUGGCUAGAAGACUACAACCAGGAUGAGGGGCGAUAUAGCGCAGGAAGAGGUGCUCAUAUAAACCUAAAACAUGCAGAAAAAGCUCGGAUUAUUGUAACCAAGAUUCCAGCAAUGGUAGAGAAUCUGAUAAACAGAACACUAGCCUGGGAACGUGAACAAAAUAUGUCAUUUCUUUAUGAUGGGGUCCGAUUGGUCUCAUUAUUGGAGGAUUAUAAAUUAACCAGGCAAUUAAGAGAAGAGGAGAAGAAGAAAUACCGGGAUCAGAAAAAGCUUCAAGAUCUGCUCCUUACAGAGAAAGAAGCCAUGUAUGGGUCUAAGCCAAGUCCAAAAAGAUACAACAGCUUUAAGAAACCAAACGGUUACCGUGCUAAUGGAAAUGGGUCCACACCUCCCACACCACGCCGGAACUCUGUUGGGUGUGCAAUGCCUGAACUCAUGACGCCACGAUUGCACUAUGGGCAUCAAAAUGGAUAUCUCAGGGAGACAAGAAGGUUGUCGACUGGACCAUUGAACUUUGUGGCCAUUUCUAAAGAAGAUACAGUGUCAUAUGCAUUCACAUCUGUUUGUGGUUCCGAACUGGGGUCUCCUCACCAAGGUUAAAAUCCUUGAGCCCAAAUUAAAUAGCCUCCUAUGUUGAAGAACAAACAUCGAGGUUCACCACAAACUGUAACAAAUGCCACUGGAGAUCUCCAAGAUAGCUAUACCAAGACCAUUCAUGGAACCAGAUGCCAUUAGUUUGUUUCUUCCCCAGUAGAACUUAUACACAAAAAUUAACUUAACAGCACAAAAUAGUCAUCAACUGCGAGGGGACCAACAUUGGUAUGCAAGCAGUUCAUGUUCGUGAUACCCAAUGGUCUAUACAUUGCGUGGGUAGCUUUAUCACCGUGGUACUUUCAUCUGAUUACCAGCCCCAUUGUGCCUCCAAACUGCAGAGUCCAUGGUGUUCAUUAGAGGUCAAGUAGGAAGCACCAAUGCAGCUAAUAAAUAUUUGUAAUUAAUAAGAUUAGAUUAACAAGAAUACAGUAAAACAGUUGCACUCCAA